CUUUCACACACACCCAUCCAAAUUCCGAACAAAAGAAAAGUUUCACACACUUUCUCUUCCUUUUCAAGACUCUCUAAAACCACUCACAGGGAACGCACUAACAAGUCAACAACAACUCCUAUGGAACCCGUCGGUGAUCCAACUCCCUCAUCACCGCCACCACCAAGCCGUUACGAGUCGCAGAAACGCCGAGACUGGAACACGUUUCUUCAGUACCUAAGCAACCACAAGCCGCCUCUAACGCUAACGCGGUGCAGCGGCGCGCACGUGCUCGAGUUCCUCAACUACCUAGAUCAGUUCGGUAAAACCAAAGUCCACGUGGCGACAUGCCCUUUCUUCGGCCAACCGGACCCACCAUCUUCUUGCGCUUGUCCGCACAAGCAAGCCUGGGGGUCUCUCGACGCCUUGAUCGGGCGGCUUAGAGCCGCUUACGAGGAAGACGGUGGACCGUCUGAUGCGAACCCGUUUGCUUCACGCGCCGUUAGGAUUUACCUGAGAGAAGUCAAAGAGAGUCAAGGUAAGGCUCGUGGGAUUCCUUACGAGAAAAAGACUCGUAAACGGAAACCCACCGUCACCACCGUUAGAUUGGACGUGGAUUUAACGAGUGGGAUCGUCGUCAAAGACCGGAGUAACGGUGAUUCUCCGGCUGCUUUCGCAACCGUACUUCCUCUAGGUUAAAAUAGUUUAUUAUACGCAAUUUGCUUAUCAUAUAAUAUAUGUCAUAUACGUAUAAACUCAUCUUCUUUUGUUAAGAGCAAAAGUUAUCGUUUAAUUUGACUGUAGUAAUUAGUACG